GUACGUACACGAAAGUUUAUAAAACAAGUUAGAAUUAGUCUUAAGGUGUCACGUUUUUGUUGCAACGGGAGACUAUUGGCUACACCUCGCAGGCUUAGCAUCAGUGGUUAAAGUUUAAACGCGUUUUCCUGCUUUUGAAAACUUCCCGCAAGUUAGGCUUUCAACGGGGGAAGUCUCCUUUUACUGAGACGGACCAUGAGUCCAUCUAACUGUCCGAGGAACCCCCUUGAAGGAAACUAGCUUGGAAGUAUUGUCCCGGAAGGGAGGGGGAUUUGGUUGUGGAAGAGAUGAGGAAAGACUGUCCUCGGGAGGACGUCUCAUUAAACUGAUCGUGAGUAAGCGUGCAGCAGGCGUGUAUUGAGUACUAUUGCGUUUGCUCAGCUGGAUAGGUCGGAGUGUAAAUGUGGGUGGGUGGUUAACAUGCAGUUACCCAAGUGUGGAAUCGUUGGAGACGUUCUUCGGCACGGAUUCGACUCCUUGCUGCCGCCGCUCUCUAAACAUCUUACAAACCUUGAAACCCUUUUAGGGUUGCCUUAGUCAGCACUGACUCGAUUGCACAACUUAACAUCCGAAUGCAUAAAAUCGGGUUCCAGUAUGUUUAUAAGGAUAUCGCAUUUUUCUUAGUGUCUCCCCGCUGUCGGAAAACUUCCGGCAUGUUAAGUGUUAAAAAAUAUUUUUUUGCUGUAGGUAAACGUUUGCCAAGGUUCACUGGUUUACUUCUAAAAUGAAUAAAUAAAUAUAUACUGUAUAUAUAUUCGAUAGUAGUAAUAUCGCGGAGGUGAACUUCUACCGGGUGGAGAAGCGUGACAACGUCAUGUAAAGCAACAUGUCAUUUAGCGAUGUAGGAGAGCGACUGUCAAAUGAACUUUCAAAAUGUUUUUAAAGUGCCUGCACUCUUGCUUUGGUAUCCAGUGUAGGUACAGUUGAUAGAAUGACGGACGAGGACUCUGGAGACUAGGGUUGGAAUCCCCGCUUGGCCACGGACGCUCACAGGAGGAUCUGAACUAGUAAAACAACCUCUUAAAUACAGUAUUUCAUUUACCUUGAAAGCCCUAAGUGGGUUCCCAAUUGACAGCACAUAACUAACGCUCGCUUUGCAGCCCUUUCCCUCUACAUCAAAGACGUCAUGUUUUGUGAUUGGCUGAAUUUGUGAAUUUGUCUCAACAGCCAAUAGGAGAAAGGUAUCACAUUGCCCAAUCAGGAAGGAUGUAAACAGAGUAACGAUGCUGUUCCCUAUCCAAUAGAAAAGAAGACAUUCAAUCCUAUUAUUUGCAUGAAGCCACUAUAUAAAAGGCAGGCACACUCAGUUGCUUACUGUCUUUGGGGAGAGUGUAUGGAAGUAUAAAGAUGCCGGAACCAGCCAAGUCGGUGCCCGUUUCUAAAAAAGGCUCCAAGAAAGCGGUGACCAAAACUCAUAAAAAGGGUGAUAAGAAAAGGAAGAAGGUUAGAAAAGAGAGCUAUUCUAUCUACGUGUACAAAGUUCUGAAACAAGUCCACCCGGAUACUGGCAUUUCUUCGAAAGCUAUGAGUAUAAUGAAUUCCUUCGUCAAUGAUGUUUUCGAGCGUAUCGCCGGGGAAGCCACCCGCUUGGCCCAUUACAACAAGCGCUCCACGAUCACCUCUCGGGAGAUCCAGACGGCUGUGCGGCUCCUGCUGCCCGGGGAGCUGGCGAAACACGCGGUGUCUGAAGGAACGAAGGCGGUCACCAAAUACACGAGUUCCAAGUAAUUUUCCCUCCGAUAUUUUGACCCAAAGGCUCUUUUAAGAGCCAACCAUCUCUUCAGUAAAAGAGCUCUCCUCACAAAUUCUUAAAUGUUAACAUUAAAUACGACUUUGGUUUUCCAUCAGCCUUUGAAAACGAAUAUAGUUUUUUCCCGUGGUUCUUUAAACAAACACUAAGUGAACUAAAUAAAGAAUGCAACCAAGGGAAAAAUCUCAAAACUCAUCCUUCCAUUUCAAAUAUUAAUCACUGAUUUUUACAGUUCGUUGGCCAAAUAACAUCCGUCGAUUUCAAAUACAUGUGCAAACUUGUAGAACAGUAGGAUUUUCGGGUAGGGCGUCGGGUCUUUAGCGUCAACCGCUGAAAACGUUUUGAAAUACCCGCUUUCUACAAUUAUUGGUCAGUCCAAGGAAGUUCCUCAAUAAAUUUCACCCAAUAGUUACCGUUUAAGGGCUGAGUUCAUUCGCUUGUAUUGUUAGUACAGUAUUCAGUUUUCAGUAGGCGUGUAUCUUGAAUAUUUAAAAUUCACUGCUAAUUGUUCGCGAAGGGGACAGAAUACUCUUUUAAGUCCCCUCAUAGAAUAAAAACUAUGAAAUGGCUUAAAACAUAUUUGGAUACAUGACAAACCCACGGUCUAUUUUA